AUGUUUCCUAUAGACGUGUCCAUCAACGGACCUCCAAACGAGGACAUUGUGUUCGGGUUCCCGGGCAUUGCGGCGUCAUGGCCACGAUUGGAAGGGUCGGUGGAGAUCCGGUCCAAGGACGGCUCGUUGCAGAAGAUUUCGCUCGUGUCGAUAGCUCUGUACCGAACCGACACGAUCCACGCGCCGUCGUCCAAGCCCGGAAUCAACGCGCCCAAAAAAGAGCAGUCGUUUCUAAUUGGCCAGGAGCAAUCGCUGUUUCAGACAUCGGCCGGGCGCGCCAGCGAAACCGUCGUCGCCAUGGACCUUCCGUUCAUCUACGAGAUGCCCACCAACCGGCCGUUGCCAGCCAGCAUUUCGCUGGGCAAAAACAGCGUCGAAACUACCUACAAGAUCUUUGUCACCGUCACAUACGGGUCUAACCAGAUCAUGCACACGUCUCACCCCAUUCGAAUCAAGCGAUACGACACGCUGUCGACUUUUGGCAGCUUCAAGGUACCGGUGGUCAAAAAGGUGCAGUCGGCAGAUCACCUAGUUGAUGUCGACUACACCUAUCCCGUGUCAUCGUUUGGACCGCUGGACCCCAUUCAGGUGUACAUCAAGGUCGCCGCCAACCCCGAUAUCGGCAGCAAGUCCAAAAGAGUCAAGCUGGUCAAGGUCAGCAUCCAGGUUGUGGAGGUGAUCACAUACAACCCCGAGGGAGACGAGCCGGUGGAAAAGAGACGCAAGGUGGUGAAAAACACCAAGCAGGUGGACCAGAAGCUGGCACGGGACUUCAAGUUUGAGCUCUCCAUGGACUAUCCUCAAUAUGAGCCCAAGGACAAGGACUCCAUUGUUGCCAAGGAGCGACAGGAUGUGCCCACGAUAGCCAUGAGCGGCUUUACCGCCAAGUCGUCGCUCUACAAGGUCGAGUAUUUGCUGGUGAUCAAGGCCAAGUUUUCCGGAGCCAAGGAUAUCGAGUCGGAGGAGAAGAUCACUGUGUCCCCGUUUGGGCAUGCUACCUGUAUGAGUUUCAUGGCAAGUAUCGGCAAGUGUGUGGAGCAGGCAAAGAGGGUCGAUAAGAAGAGCAAGCCGCCGGUGAGGCUUUAUAGAGAGACCGAUGCGGGGGCCUUGUGGUUUUUGGGGGUUCCUCCGUGGGCUGUAAAGACAUGA